AUGGCACAUGCAGUGUUGGCUUCUCUUCAUCUGGUGAUGAAACAGACAACUCUACCAUCACCAUUCACCACCAUCGUGUUAUCGGAGCUCACCUCCAACAUCGAGUGCACCGUCUCCGCGUCUAUGCCCAGUCAACAUCGUCUUCUCUCCUCCACCGAAGUUUCGGAGAAAAGAGACGAAAGCACGGUGAGGGCGAGAGUGAAAUGA